CAUCAUGAUUUUCAUUGUGGGAAUAUAUUAAGCACUUUUCAUAAUGCUUGUAUUACUGAUUUGGGAUUAUGUCAACCAGCGAAUGCUAAAUCCUCUCAAAAUAAUAAUAAAAAAAUAUAUGGAGUGUUACCUUAUGUAGCUCCAGAAGUUUUAAAAGGAAAAGAAUACACUCAAGCAAGUGAUAUUUAUGGAUACGGAAUUAUUGCAUAUGAAAUUUGUACAGGUUUCCCUCCUUAUUAUGAUAUAGCUCAUGAUGAAUUCUUAGCUAUGAAAAUUUGUAAUGGGUUGAGACCAAAAUGUGAUUAUAAAAUCCCUCAACUAAUUGUUGACAUAAUUAAUCAAUGUUGGGAUGCAGACCCUUUGAAACGACCUAAUGCAGAUGAAAUAAAGGAGUUAAUGUAUAGUUUAUAUUGUGAUAUUAAUUUAGAGAAAAGGGAUUCUAUAAUUUAUUGGCAAGUUAAAAAAGCAGAUGAAAUUAAUAAAAAGUUAUCUUCAACAGUUCAAUUACCAUUAACUUCUACAAAUACACUCUCGUAUACAUCACAUUCUCAAGCAAUUUAUACAAGCAGACUUUUAGAUUAUAAAAACCUUCCAGAACCAAAAAAUGUUGAUAAUAGUAACGGAAUAGAAUAUUCAGGUAAUUAGAAUCUAUAAAAGUUGAUUUUACCAAACUCAAUAUCAAUUCCAAAGAUUGCGCUUAAAUUCUUUAUUUACAUAGUUAAUAUUAUGAACGUAAUUAAAUGAAUAUUAAAAUGAUGUAAAAG